GUAAGGCUCAGAUAUCUAGCCAAAAGUUGGCGUAAAAUGUUUUACAAGAUAUUAAAGAGUCUGUUAUGCAAUAGCUGAAAAAUAUACAUAGUAAAUUCGAAAGGCAGCUUUUGUGUAGAAUUAAUAAAUUAAUUGUGGAUCAAUUUCUUUCUUUUAAAAACUUUUCUAAAUUUAUGACGACUUACUACAACUAACUCUUUCGUAAUAUCAUUAUUCAAAAAACUUAAUUAGGUUAAUAAGUACAAUUUGUAACAAAUUGGUUAAUUUUUGCAAUAAAAAAUAUUACAACAAGAAAUAGAAAAGAUGGUGAAUUGUAGAUCUAUCUUUGUGAUUUUAUUUCUGUAGUUUUGUCUAGUUUAGUUUGGUUGAGACAGAACCCAAGAAAUAUAAUGUAAUUUUUUCAUUGUUAAUUAUAGCUAAUUUGGACAAUAUUUCUUAGUAAAAAACCAAUUAAAAGAUUUUUAGUGCACCAAACCGCUUAAUAAUGCCCAGUAACCUAGCUAUUUAUGAAGCAUGUUUUAUCAAAGUCAUAAGUAUAGUUUAAUAAAUUUUACUGAUUUCAAAUAUAGAUAUAAAAGAUAUAACUCGAAAAAAUGACACGGAUUAAUUAGUCUUUCAACCAUCCACAAUACUAUACAUUCGUACACUUUCAUUUCUUAAGAUCAAUAGAACUAGAGACUAGAAUGUGAGUCCAUCUAUUGACUUGAAUUGUAGUGAAUCAACUUAAAAUUUUAAACACUGUUAAAUUUGUCUGAGAUACUUGUAAGUGUGUUUUGAUCCACUAUAGAAUACUACAUUCGUUAAAAUAUAAGAAAUAAACAGUUUUCAUCAUUUCUAUGAUCAACUUGUCAAGGUAAUGGCACUGUUUCUAUAAUAAAACUAAAACUUGGUUGUACUUACGAUAAAAACUUUCAAUUUCUUAAAAAUAAUUUUAUACAACUUUUACUUCAAACUAAAUGAGUAAGGUGGAAAUGUAAGUGAUCAAAUAAAACCUAAACCUAAUUUUUUUAUUUUGGCACUUACAGUGUUUUUCCUGAAAAGGCUUGAUGUUGAAAAGAAUCUUCUUCUUUGAUUAUGAUUUUUUUAACAUAACAACAAAGUAGUAUAGCUAAGCCUGGCUAUAUUAAGAGAGUUCAUUCUUAUGUAAAUAAUUAUGAGAUACCUUUCUUAUAUAUCUACAAAGAUUAUUAGUGUGGUAUUUAGGUACUUACAUGUCCUCCUAAGCCAUAACUGUAUGUGUGUCUUAACAUAGGAAUGUCAUCAAACAAUCUGAGCAUCAGCCGAGCACCAGACAGACGUGAUCCAGCUGACUGCCAUGCUUUGUCGUUUAUUAUGCAACCAUAAAGCUUAAAAGCGUAACACGUUAAUCGGACCACCUGUAAACAUUCAUAAUGAGCAUUAGAAUCAAUAACACAAUAAAAAUAACACCUUUAUAUGCAAUAUCGAGGAAAGCAAUAAAUAUAAUUCAUAUAAAGGCAAAUUUUAAAUUUUCACAAUAUCAACGAUCAUAAAAUAUUAAAUUUUGAUGAACUAAAAUUGCAGAUUGCAGUUUAUCUACUACUACAGACAAUGUUAAAAUAACAGAAUUAAUAGAUAUUAUAUUUUAACAUACAUGAGUAUAAAUAAAUAUCUUAGAUUAUGUGUGACUAUCAAAUAAUGUUAAAACAAAUUUAAAUAAUGCUAGAAAUUUUUAGUUCAAGUAGUUUAGAAGGGUACAACAGAAUUGGCACUGGUAGCUAUCUUACAACAAGGGCAACUGGCUUUAUAGUUAUUAUUUAUAUCACGGUAGUUCGACUUCCGCAUAUUUACCUUAUCUCUGCCAUUAUAGCUAUCCAAAAGUUCGCAAAUAUCUUCAAUUAAAGAAGACAUGCUACAAGAACUUCCAAAAGCAAAUGUAGUCUAAAGAAAUGCACUUUGCCUAUUGAUAACUUAUCGGACACGAUUGAUUUACGAUCAGAUUACCACGUGGUCUUAAGGACGUGCGACUGUGCAAUAUUAUAAGCGCUAACUAUAACAUUUCACCAAUCUUUACUAACUUGAAUAACUUGUAAACCUUGAAACUUUGAUUGCAAAAGGUACAAUCACCUAUCAGCUGAUAUGACAGCAUGACAAUCAGCGCUCAUUUGUCAACUUGACAUUAACAAUCACCAGCUGACGAUAAUAUUACUUGUUUUAAGUUUAAUAAAGGCAUAGUUCUCCAACUCAUAGAACUAUGUUAAAAAAUAUUUUAUUUUAAAUAAACUGAUGGUGAUAUUUUAAUGCUUUAUUUUUAUUUACCAUCUUUUUUAGAAAGAAAAAGGUACAAAGGAAAAUCACAAGAUGAUUCGCAUUCUCGAGUCAAUGAAUACGAAACACUUAUUUUUAUAUGUCUCUUUGUCAUAUAAAAUAGCGAAGUAUAUUAGCAUUACUUUUGUAAAUGAAAGCAAGAAUAAAAUGACGGUUUUUAGAAGAAAAAAUAACUCAGGCGAGGUUGGCUUUAAGGACUUUGAUUUCUUUACAUUGUCAACAAUUAUGGCGUUUGUGACGUUUUUGACAAACCACAAUAGUGUUUUUAUUUCAAACUUCCAAAUUAAUAAAUUAAGUAUGAAAAGUGUAGAUUGUAUUUUAUUUCGACAUAUUUGAUCAUUAAAAAUAAUAUUGCUGUUAUCAUGACAGUCUUUAAAAUCGAUAAUAUACCUGAGUUCUCCAAAAAAGACCGUAUAGUGGUCGUGGGUGUAAUAGGGAAAUCUCCUUACCGGUACCCAAAUAAAACUACUCCUCUUCUGCCGUCAGUAAAUACUGAUGAGAAUGGUAUUGAAUGCCACUGGGAUGAGAGACGCAGCGUUCUGUAUUUGCAUGCUGUGACAUAUUUAGACACCAAACAGCUAGCAAAGCUUGCAGAAGAUUUAGAUGAAAAUUCUAAAAGCACUGAAAAAGAUGCCGAUGCAGCACACUGGCUGGUUGCAUCAGGGGAAUUAGCUGCGGACUCCUGUCGAACAAUUGCACUUUUGUUUCAUUUGUGUCAUAUUGUGGUAUUAUCACAUCCCACUCCUGUUUUUGAUCUAGGAUACUUGCAGCUAUUUAAAGCAAUAGAUGCAUUUAGGACAGAAUUGUCAGCGCGCACGUCAGCCGCGACAUCGCCGCUAGGUGGCGCUUGGGAGAGCCACGGCCGCGCGUGUUGUCCUCGCCUCGUGUUCCACUGCAGCCGCGCGCCUGCGCCUCUCUGCCGCGCUCCCGCCGCUCUCAAGCGUCUAGAACACGCUGUUGAGGAUCAACUGUACUUCAUUCUAAGGAAAGCGCGAAUCAUUACCAAUGUAUGUGCUAAAUCGCUAUUUGCCAUACCGAAAAAUGAAGAGUUCGUGUAUAUAAACGCUGAAAACACGAGGGGCGCUCGUGACGUCGGCGCAUUAGUUCGUGGCUUGAUCGAGCGCUGCGCCCCCGCGCCCGCCCCCGGGGCCGUGCCCGCGCCCAUCGCUGGGGUCACCCCUAGCAGUGGAUCUGUCCGCGCCACGUUCAAACAGUUCUUACAAGCUCACAUCGAUUUGGCAUUCGGUGAAGGCUUCGACGACAAUGUUGGGAAGUAUGCGAUGACCACAUCAUUCUUUGAAGUGAGUUUUGAAAUUUAUUUUAAUGAAGUAUAGAUAUUAUAGUCACUUAUGUGAAAGAGCGUGUAAGCGAGAUUUUAAAAGUAUU